AAAUAAAAGGUCAAUGUGUGGAUUUCCACAGCAGCACUCUUACUCCGUCAGUGUCUGGAAACUAAGCCUUGGUCAACACCCAUGAAUUUGCAUUGUGGAAUAACAGAGAAUUUGCCAGCUGGCACAAAUCCCCCUAAAUUUGCAUCUUGUGGUAGAAUACUCCUUCCCUGUGUUGACAUAACUCUAAACGAGGUGAUGAGAAAUAGGUUGCAAACAUAUAGCUGACUCUACUGCAAAGGCUGUAAUGCCACAACCUCCUCCAAACUUUAUCUUGCUGAAGUUGUUCUAGUUAACAGCGUUGCUUUGGAAUACUUUGUGCUGAACAGGGAGGGGGGUGUGAGAUAGUUGUCACUGUCUGCUGCACUUAGAUACAUACAUCUGGUAUAGAAGAAACUCAGUUGCAAGGAAUCAACUAGUAAGGCACUUGGUUAAAACAAGUACAUUUUUCGGGGGUGCGGUGGCUCACGCCUGUAAUCCCAGCACUUUGGGAGGCCAAGGCGGGUGGAUCUCGAGAUCAAGAGAUCGAGACCAUCCUGGUCAACAAAGUGAAACCCCAUCUCUACUAAAAAUACAAAAAAUUAGCAGGGCAUGGUGGUGCGCACCUGUAGUUGCAGCUACUCAGGAGGCUGAGGCAGGAGAAUUGUCUGAACCCAGGAGGCGGAGGUUGAGGUGAGCCGAGAUGGCGCCAUUGCACUCCAGCCUGGGUAACAAGAGUGAAACUCCAUCUCAAAAAAAAAAAAAAGGAAGCCUGGCGUCUUCUGGAUACCAAACUGAGACGAACUAGGUCCUUUAUCAUGAUGAGAGAGUAGAGUUAAUGCCCGAGGUUCUAGUCAACCACUCUCGGUCCUUAAAGCCAAUAAGAAGGCCGUUACCCUGAGGUUGUCUGUUCUGUAGCUUUUAUGUAACAAACUGAUACUUACUUGGAGGCAUUACUUGUAGCUGGUAUUGAGAAAAACAAACCUGGCCUCAAUCAGUCACAAACAGUCAAACUGGCCAAGUGCUUAUAUAACCAGACAUCUGCGUGCCCAGUCAUGAAUCCAAGGGAACGGUAAAUUGAAAAGAACAAGCGAGUAUGGAGCUGGCCGGCUACCGCAGAGCCACCUUUGGAAAAUUGCUGGUGCCCAAAGAAGACCUGAAACCGUGAAACUUCCAGAAGAAAUCAUUGGAAAAACAUUUCAGGACACUGGUGUGGGCAAAGACUUUUUGCGUAAGGAAUUCAAAGGCACAGGCAACAAAAACAGAAAUAAACAAGCAGGAUCACAUCAGGCCGGAAGCCGUUGCACCACAAAGCAGACUGUGAAUGGGACAUACUUUCAUGGCCCUUUGUAUGCCUUAUAAUUUUUUUGGAAAACUGGGCAUUUAAAUACUAAAUUGUGGUACCUCUAGGAGUCUGAGUCUGCUUUCUCCUUAAGAUUUACUGCUGUUUUCUGUGGAUUGUAAUUGUGUGUUUGUUUAGUGACUUUUCUAAACUAUGUGCAGAGUGUGUUACUUGUCACAUGUGGUCAAAGUCACCAAACAAUUGUAACAUCAACGACAAUCUUCCAAAACUAGCCCACAGGGUGUGUGUAUCGGGCCCACCUUCAAUGUUUAGGCCGCUCACACGCAGUCCUGGCCACGGCUUCUCGCUUGCCCUGAAGCUGAAAGUCAGGCAGGGAUGCCAGUUCAGGGUAACCUCUGGUCUUUCUUGACCUGUCUCUUGUUUUUGAACAGACUGAAGACAUAUCUAUGAGCUACAACUGUGUCAAUUUGUGCCAUUAUGUUUGUUGUCAUUAUUUCAUUUCCCAAUCUCAGUUUUUAGGAAACCAAUGAGAGGGUUUCAUUUCUCUGUGUAACUCAUGCAGUAGGAAGGAAUCCUGUAGUGCCAGCUUCUGCCUCACAAUUAUAAGCAAGACUUUGCCAAGUGAAAAGGAGAGUAUGAAUCUUGUGUCAUGGAUCCCUUGACUUGUGAGUUGUGUUUGACUGAAAAUCUUUCUCAAGUGAAAACGUUUCAGAACCCAGGAGAUCUAACAAUAAUUUUGCAAAUAGUUGUGUGGCUGAGCUGUUUGUUUGCCGUGGGUAAACAAAUAUGAGGAGGAUGAGUCAGCUAGGCUUGAUCAGAAGACAAGUGACAUUUCAACAACCCAAUAGGAUCCAGACAUGGUGGCUCAUGCCUGUAAUACCAGCACUUUAGGAGACUGAGGUGGGAGGAUCACUUGAGGCCAGGAGUUUCAGACUAGCUUGGCCAAUAUGGCAAAACUCCUUCUCUACUAAAAAUAUAAAGAAUUAGCUGGGCCUGGUGGGGCGCGUCUGUAAUCUCAGCUACUUAGGACACUGAGUCAGGAGAAUCUCUUGAGCCCAGGAGGUGGUAGUUGCAGCAAAGAGCCAAGAUCAUGCCACUGCACUCAAGCCUGGGUGACAGAGUGAGACUCUUGUCUCAAACGAAACAAAACCCUAAAAAAACAAAAACAAAAAAACAUAAAACACGCAACAGUGACAGCUUUCACCUGUGAUCAUUGCUAAUCAGGACACAGGUUUCGGUUACUCUAUGUCACCCACUUCCUGGAGUCAAGGCAGAGGAUCAAGAUGCAGGUGGCACAUGGCUCCUGCACAGAAGCUCCCCACAUACCAGCUGCUUCCUUCUGUGUGUGGUGGGUGGGGCCUCCUGUGAGCGGACACUCGGGACCUGGUAUCCUGGGAGAGGCAGCAGGACUCUCUUCACCUGCAGAUUUCCUGACCUGGCCAGUGCCGUGCUAGUGUGGACAGAUGCAGUGACAGUCUUCCCUGGGCUGGCCCUGCUGUGAUCUGGGAACAGGUGUGGGACACGGUCAGAGCAGGUCUUUAGAAUCAGUCUGGCUGACUUGGGACUGGACGUUCUAUUCUGUUAUCUGGCAACAAGCUUGGUUCUUGCCCAUAUUGCACUGCCAUAGUCUUCUCAGCCAAACUUCCCACUCUCACUUUUCCAUACUUCACUUGUCCUGCACUAUUUAAUGUCCGUUCUUAGAGCAACAAAAUAUUAUCAUUUUCUCUUUCAGAUUAGUUAUUGCCAGGAAAUUGAUUUAAAAGUAACCACCAGGCGAGGUGCGGUGGCUCACACCUGCAAUCCCAGCACGUUGAAAGGCCGAGGCAGGAAGAUCACGAGGUCAAGAGAUCUAGCCCAUCCUGGCCAACAUGGUGAAACCCCGUCUCUACUAAAAAUACAAAAAUUAGCUGGGCAUGGUGGCAUGUGUCUGUAGUCCCAGCUACUCAGGAGGCUGAGGCAGGAGAAUUGCUUGAAGCCGGGAGGCGGAGGUGGCAGUGAGCUGAGAUGGCGCCACUGCACUUCAGCCUGGCGACAGAGCGAGACGCCAUCUCAAAAAUAAAAAAUAAAAAGUAAUCACCUAACAUCACCUAAGUGUUGGCAAAAUAUCUCACUCUAGAACACCAAGAAGGAUAGUCAGAUGGAGACAAAAAUGAUCAAGGGUCAGAAGAACAGUCCAACCUCUAUCUCAUUGAGAGAGAAACAUGUACUCUCCCCGGCAAGUGUUUGAAAAUUUGAUCUAGAAUGGUGUUCCAGUCAUAAAACGUAAGUGUGUGUGGUGGGGCUGCAGGUGUAGGGAGGUGAGCCCUGGAGACACUUUGGCUCUGGCUCAGAUGGAACCAGGGCUCACAAGGCUUAGAAAUGCCUGCAGGGCUGGGCUGGGCAUGACCAGGCUGGGGCCUCAGGACUUGGGGCUCUGCCUUUCCUGCCCUUUUCUCACAGCACUCACUGUCCCUUCCAGGUCAAAAUGGUUGAUAACAGUUGCCAUUUUUUUCUUAGCAUUUUUUCCCUUGGUUCACAGAGUACAACCGUUGAGAUGUUGGACAACGAAAGAGCAAACUGAUAAAUUAGUUAGUUUUUUGAACAGCGGAGACCCUUUGUUUGUUUGUGUGAAGGAGGAGAGAGUGAGAGUAGAGAUCUCCCCGGGUCUUAUCCCAGUUCUCUGUGGGAGGUGAAGGUACAGAAUCAUCCAAGGACACCAGGCACCUGAGGACACUUUCAUUGCUAGUGGCAGAGGGUAGCUGCUCUCCUGCCUGUGCCUUGCACUGCCCUAGAGAGAACAGGGCAGAAGGAAGGCAGAUGAGUGACUCCACAUGCAGAGCUGCCUUCCUUUAGUCCAGGAUUCUGUCCUUCCUGUCCUGCAGAACUGCCUGUCACCAGUGUGGGGUGAGACAAGUUUGUCUCACAGAGCUGUGUUCUCCUCGGGGUCAAGUUUGCAGCUACUUGGUGUCACCUGCUGACUCGGUUUGGCACCUGACCACUCAGCCUGCUUCUUGAAUCUUUUGGGAGGAGAGGACAAGAGCAAAGCUUUGGUGUGGUUGGUGACCCGAGAAGCUCACCUGUAGCGGCUGCAGAUGACACAAGCCAGGGGCCAACAGAUGAGCUCCCAAGGCUCAGGCCUCACAAGAAAACUGAGGGACCAGGGCUCGGCGUCCUUGUGAUGCUCACCCUCUCACCUGAAAACUCUUUACUUCUCUUGUGGAUUUCCACUCAUUCUGUGGGCUUCCUCUUUUUCCUUCUGUGAAUAUUUCAUGAUUUAAAAUUCACCCUGAUAUACAGGGCCAGCCAUAAACUGUAUGGUGGGAAUAACUUCAACUACCUUGGCUGGAGGAGGCGAGUCCGCCUGUGGGAAGGGACAGGGUGUCAUAGCGGAGCUGAGGACCAGCAGGAGGAGUCUGUGCUGGAGCGGAUGAAAUUAAGGCUGCGCCUGGGUCCAGCUAACUCCUGUGGACACAGGGGCUGGGAAGAGCAAAGGCAGGGGUGGCUGCAGUCAGCACCAUGCCGGGCCUGCUGCAGAGAGGGGCUCUGUCCUGGGCGCGGCUGCUGCUUCCCUUGGGCUUCCAACUCCUACUGACCCAUGCCUGGCAUUUCCAUAAGCAAAGGGACUGUGACGAAUACAAUGUCAUGGCUCGUUACCUCCCUGCCACAGUGGAAUUUGCCAUACACACCUUCAACCAACAGAGCAAGGACCACUACGCCUACAGACUGGUGCACAUCUUGAAUUUCUGGAAGGAGCAGGUGGAGUCCAAGACCGUAUUCUCAGUGGAGCUCCUGCUGGGAAGAACUAGGUGUGGAAAAUUCGAAGAGGACAUUGACAACUGCCCUUUCCAAGAAAGCCCAGAGCUGAACGACACUUUCACCUGCUUCCUUACCAUCAGCACCAGGCCCUGGAGGACACACUUCGGCCUCCUGAACAAGACCUGCCUGGAGGGAUUCCACUGAGGGAAAGCCACUCCCAGGCCCGGCCGGGUACUGCUCCCACAUUCUGUGGACGUCAGCACUUCUCUCCUGACGACUCUUCGGUGACGGACCAGCUCUGUACUGGUUUGUUACCCUCUUUUGCAGGUGUCUGAGAUCUCAGACCAGCGUUUUAGAAAAUCCACGCAUCCUGAGCCUAAUCAUGUGGUACAGAUCACUAAACAUCAGCAUGUUCAGAA